AAGAGUCAGCCUUACCUCACCUGCUCAGACACAAGAAGAGGGCAAGAAAAUCUGUGUACAUCUGGAGCACUGAAAAGCUGCAGCUACAGACAGCAACAUGCGGUUCAACACCCUGUUCUUCCUGUUGAUCGUAUCUUGUCUCGGUCUUGCACUGGCACUAGGGAACUAUGAGGACUGCUGUUUCAAAUACAUGAAAACAAUGAAUUCCAGGACUCAAAAACAUGCUGUGGACUACAGGUGGCAGGUGAUAGAUGGAGGCUGCAACAUCGCAGCUGUAAUCUUCAGAAUGAGGAAGGGCCGUGAGUUAUGCACAGAUCCCACAGAGCGAUGGGUCAGAGACUUGAUGGACACGAUUGAUGGAAAGAAAGCAAAGGCAAAGCAACCAAGGAAGCUCCAUUCACGACAUCCCCACAGAGGCUGAGGGCGACUGCCUGCUACAAUGGCACCCAUUCAUCUUUCUUUCCCUCUGCCAAAAUUAAGCAACAAGCUUAUUAUUAGCAAGUUUUAUGGCCGAGGAGGCUGGCCAAGGAAAGCUUGUAGCAUUACUUUUGCUUUCACUCUGCACUAAGAUAAAGGUCAGAAGCAUGGGUCGAAUCAGAGCUGCACUUUCCCGUUCAGGGUUGGACUGCUAAUGCCGACUGGCCACCACACACACCACGUGUAAAUGCCUUCAGUAGCAUGGCUAUGUCAAUUAGUACAUUUGUGACUGUUUUCUUGCGUUUUGAGACAUCAGAUAUUCAAUAAGCUGUUUAAUAAAUAGAGGUGGCGUGUAAAUGAUAUAUAUGUGAUAUUUAGAGCUUUUCUUGCAUGAUGUGUCCAGAUGUCGGUCAAAUACUUGUUUAUUUGCUGAAUGUACAUGCUUUUCUGCAGUGUGGGUCACAGAAAAGGAGAAACUCUUGUCUUAAUUCUUUCCAAAUGGUUUAAAUGUCGCUGUUUUUCAUUCAUUUUGUGUAUAGAUUUUAUUGCAGUAUGUGUGCCCAUAAAAGCAUUAUUACAAUAAACUUACUUAUCACCUCUGA